GAAAGCCAUUCCUGCCACUUUAAUCUCGUGAUCCUUAGCUGUGCUGCGCUUCUGGAAACUGCAGAGGGAUCUAGCAAAAUAUGGCUGCGGAGGACCCCGCCACUCGACGAGUCCCGGUGGCAGAACAUCCCAGAUUGCUGAAGCUAAAAGAGAUGUUUAACUCUAAGUUUGGGUCCACACCCAAGUUUUAUGUUCGAGCCCCAGGAAGAGUAAACAUAAUAGGUGAGCACAUAGAUUACUGUGGAUAUUCUGUUAUUCCCAUGGCUGUGGAACAAGACAUGUUAAUAGCUGUGGAACCUGUGAAAACACACACUCUCCAACUGGCCAAUACAGAUCCCUUGUAUCCAGACUUCAGUACUACAGCAAAUAGCAUCUGUAUUGACAAGACCAAACCUCUAUGGCACAACUACUUCCUAUGUGGAUUUAAGGGAAUUCAGGAACACUUUGGCCUUAGUCAGCUACCUGGAAUGAAUUGCCUGGUAGAUGGAAAUAUACCCCCAAGUUCCGGCCUCUCCAGCUCCAGUGCUCUGGUUUGCUGCGCUGGGUUAGUGACUCUCACAGUGCUGGGAAUGAGACUAUCCAAGGUGGAACUUGCAGAAAUCUGUGCCAAGAGUGAGCGUUACAUAGGCACUGAAGGUGGAGGCAUGGACCAGUCCAUAUCAUUUCUUGCAGAAGAAGGAACUGCCAAGCUAAUUGAGUUUAGUCCUCUGAGAGCGACUGAUGUGAAACUCCCUAGUGGGGCAGUCUUUGUGAUUGCCAACAGCUGUGUAGAAAUGAACAAGGCAGCCACGUCACAUUUCAAUGUCAGAGUGAUGGAGUGUCGGCUGGCGGCAAAGGUCCUUGCUAAACACAAAGGCUUGCAGUGGGAUACUGUCCUGCGGCUGGAGGAAGUGCACAGCAAACUAGGGAUUAGCCUGGAAGAGAUGCUGUUGGUCACCGAGGACGCCCUUCAUGCUGAGCCCUACAGCCGGGAGGAGGUCUGCAAGUGCCUGGGAAUCAGCCUGGAAGAACUGCGUACUCAAAUCCUGACUCCAAAUACUCAAGAUGAACUCAAGUCCAAGUGGAUCAAGGAUCUCCACAUACAACCAGAUACACUGAAUCUAAUGGAAGAGCACAUGGGGGAAAGCAUCAAACACAUGGGCAUAGGGGAAAACUUCCUGAACAGAACACAAGUGGCUUGUGCUCUAAUAUCAAGAACUGACAAAUGUGACCUCAUAAAAUUACAAUGUUUCUGUAAGGCAAAGGACACUAUCAAUAUUACAAAAUGGCAACCAACAGUUUGGGAAAAGAUCUGUACCAACCCUAUAUCUGAAAGAGGGCUAAUAUCCAAUAUAUAUAAAAAACUCAAGAAGUUAGACUCCAGAGAACCAAAUAUCCCUGUUAAAAAUGUGAAACAGGGUUAAACAGAGAAUUCUCUACUGAGGAAACUCAAAUGGCUGAGAAGCACCUAAUGAAAUGUUCAACAUUAUUAGUCAGAAGUCAAAAUGCCCAUGAGAUUCCAUCUUAUACCAGUCAGAAUGACUAAGAUCAAAAACUUGGGUGACAGCAGGUGCUGUUGAGGAUGUGGAGAAAGAAGAACAAUCCUCCAUUGCUAGUGGGAUUGCAAGCUGGUACAACCACUCUGGAAAUCAGUCUGAAGGUUCUUCAGAAAAUUGGACAUAGUACUACCGGAAGAGCCAGCUAUACUACUCUUGAACAUAUACCCAGAAAAUGUUCCAACAUGUAAUAAGGACCCAUACUCUACUAUGUUCAUACCAGCCUUAUUUAUAAUAGCCAGAAGCUAGAAACAACCCAGAUGUCCCUCAACAGAGGAAUGGAUACAGAAAACGUGGUACAUUUACACAAUGGAGUACAACUCAGCUAUUCAAAACAAUGACUUCAUGAAAUUCCUAGGCAAAUGGAACUAGAAAAUAUCAUCCUAAAUGAGGUAACCCAGUCACAGAAAAAUACAUGCAGUAUACACUCACUGAUAGGUGGAUAUUAGCCCAAAAGCUCAGAAUACCCAAGAUAAAAUUCAUAGAUCAUAUGAAGCUCACGAAGAAGGAAGGCCAAAGUGUGGAUGCUU